AUGCAGGUGCUCCGCCUCUGGGCCUCGGGGUUCUUUUUUGCCUCCUGGAGCUUUGCGCUGUACGGGGACGGCCCUCGUAGGGGGUCCCGCGCUUCGCUGGGCAUCACCUACAGGCUCUAUGGCGCCGCUAUCUUGUUCGAAAUCAGCCAUGUCACGCGGUUCUAUCGCCUGCAUGACUUCCUUGGGACCAAAGACGCCCAGGAAAUCCGAAAACUCCUGCACAGACUGCCGAACCCUUUCGGCAAGGAUGGGAUCCACGGCCUCGCCAACUGCAUGCCGCUCGCCCAGCAUGGCGCCAACGCUUGCGCGGCAGCCAUCCCGCUGCGCGCGGUCCAGUGCACCCUGCUGGAUUGGGGAAAGCAUUGCGACGCCUGCCUGCACCUCGCGGACCAGGAGAUGGAGGCCCGGGGACUUCGCAAGGGGUCGGCUGUGCGCGUCCUGCUGCAAGGGCAGGGGGGCGAGAUCGUUCGCAGCUCCGGCGGCUGCGCGAGGCUCCAGUGGCUGCUGGAGCAUCCGCGAGGCUGCUCCGCCUCGGACCCGUUCGCGCGGCUGGGCGUAGCGAGCGGCCGCAAUCACGCGGCGCCGAAUCGCGCGAGUCUCCACGCCGCCGCUGGGCGCAGCAUGCAGAUGCGCGCCUCCCACCGCUCCACCCUUGCCCGCCUCGGCGUCGGGAGCGACAGUGCCCAGGGCCUUGGCGAUGCCGUCGACGCGGCCGGCUUCCUCGGCAAGACGGCGCAGCAGUGUGCGGCACGGGCGGCGCAGUUGCCAGGCUGGCGCACGGAGCCCUUCUCCAAGGGGGGCGAGAGCGACACGGUCAUCACCCACUUCGGCUGGGAGCUCGCGGACGAGAUGGACAACAACAACGCUGGGGAAUCGGUCGGAGAGGUUGCGCGCUCCGGCCAAUCUUUUUGCGCGCUGGCGGACAGCACGAUGCGAGCGCACGGCAUUCUCGUCGCAGCCAGCCUGGCAUGCAGCACGGUCGGCGCAUCCACUGUGCGCGAGCGCGUCGAUGACAGUAUCAGCGGGCUGUUCGCCGCGUGGUGGCAGGGGACGUCGCCCAUGCAGCCAGGAUUUCUGUUCGCCUGCGGGCAGAUCGGUUCGGCGGGCGUUGCCUCGCCAGAUCCUAAUACGCCGCUGUACCCAGCCGUGUGGGACCAGUGUGUGUGCGAGAGUCCCGCCAGGUGCACCAAUUGCUACAGAUGGUGGCAGGCAAUCGCGCUUGAGUCGAUCGCCAAUCGGGGUAUCUACUUCAAUGACACCCUUUUGCCUGCCAGCUUGCCGAACGUCGCAGGGACGUUCCUGAGCCACGCAUCCUACAACGGUAACUGGACGGGAGAUUGCCCUUACAUCGACGAUUUUGGAUGGUUCUUCUUGGCGUACAUUCGCCAUUUCGAGUGGACGAAAGAUGCGGCGUACUUGAGCGCCGCUAAGGGCCUCCAUGCCUACAUGACAAGACAUGGUGUCGAUAAGGAAUGCGGCGGAGUCUUGUGGAACCCAGGAUGCCAAGGUGUGAAGAACUCAGUGACGUUACUCGAGUUACUGAUCGGCAGUGCAAAGCUCGCCAUCUUGGCGCCAGAGGACCCCAUUUAUCUGCAAACAUCUAAGUCAUUGUGGGCAUGGUUCGAGUCGUCUGACCUCUUUGACGACCAUGGUCUCGUCACAGACGGCGUAGGUGGCGCCCUUGGUGAGAUGACAGAGUGUUGCAACGUGACGCACGAGCUAGACGGCAAGCCACGUUGCGUUAACAACAUGUUACCUGGCUACUCGUACAAUCAGGGUCUCUACUUGUCCGCGGCUGCCCACCUCUACCAGGCCACCAAGAACACCGACUACCUUCGACGCACAGGCCGCCUCGUGGACGCCAUCCUGCAAAACUCGACGGACGCCAACGGAUUAUUGAAGGACGUGCCUCGUGGACAACCCAGCUACCCGGUGGCCUUCGGCGCCUUCCGACAUUGCCUCUGGGCUGCACGUGCCGGCAGAGCUAUUCAGCCAGGGGUCAUCUCCGUGCCUCGUUGGACCAUCCUGGAGGCCGUCUGCCAUUCGCUGGUGCAAGAGCCUCAGAGAGGUGUCAGCGCUGCGAUGCGGAGACGCUCAGCGUCGUGCCUUGGGGGCACGGUGGCGGAUUUAGAGCCGCCGUGCGUCGAAGGCCAGGACCCAGGAGGCGACUGGUAUUCGUUCAAGGGGGCGUUCAUGAUGCAUUUGGGCUACUUCAUGACCAUUGCGGGGCGCUCGGCGCUGAACAUUUCGCAGGUUCAGCGGGUCGUUUCUUUUGUCCGGAAGAAUGCGGACGCCGUGUGGACGAAUGCUUCGGUGGUCGGCUCCAUGAGCGGCGAUGUGUGCAGUACUGCUCAGUCAGCUGCGCUUGGCGAAGUCAGGAUGUUUCAUUGGGAAUGGGAUUGGGGUGUACAUCCCACCCCCGCGCCUCCGCCAGCUGACCCCUCCAGCUUCUUCACGAAGGCUGGCCUGAGAGCUACUGGCGUUGACGGCAUUGCAGGAACGCGCAGCGCCAGCAACUGCCAGAAGAAGUGCGCCGCUGAUGCCAACUGUCAUUCGUACACUUACGCAGACUCUGAGACAUCAGGUUUUUCAGAGGAUUGCUGGCUCUGCAGUUUCGACAGGACUGGCCCUGGUUCGUGUGAUUUUGAAGAGGAUCUCUCUUUUGUCACUGGCAUCAAGAGGCCUAGCCCCUCGAUUCUUGGUGGUGGCACCUGCUCUGCGAACGACUGUGGGAAGCCAGUGGCUAAGGACUUGGGCAAUAAUCAGACGUGUUUCUGCGACGAGGAGUGCACCACCCAUUUUGAUUGCUGCCUAAAUUUCGCAUCCGUUUGUCCUGCAGCGUCCGCGUCUUGCAAGGCGGAAACGUGCCACACGAUUGGUGCCAGCGCCAUCCCUGGAGGCGGAUACUGUUUCUGCGAUGACGCGUGCUCGACAGAUAUGCAUAACUGCUGCCCCGACUUCAGCUCAGUUUGUGGCGCGGGCCCAACGCCCACGGGGCACCUGUGCAUGGAUGCGCGGGCCCACGGGUCCGCCGUGAACUUGUUCCUAACGGAUUGGGUGUUGUCCGAGCUCCAGCAACAGCACGAGGGAGUUCUUGUGCUGGCGUUGCUGGAGUCCUUCCGCCUCUCCGACAGUCUCCGCUUGGCGGAGGCGGCAGAAUUCUCAGGGCCAGCUGGCCCCUUCCAGGUGGUCAGCGUGCCCUUGCUCGGCGCAGCCUCGCGUCCGCCGAGCACAAUCGCCCCAGUGUUGGCGGUCGACUUGGAGGCCCCCGAGAUGGGAGCUCUCGCCCCUCUGGACGAGGGCGACGCCGUCGGGCUGGACUUCGCGGCCACUCACGGCGCCGCGCCCGCCGAAGGGAACGAGGCCGCGCCUGGCGCGGAGAGGGCCACCCCGCACCCGUCCGCGGGCGUAUUCGAGGGCGGCGGGCCGGAGGACGACGCCGACGCCGAGGGCCGCCCUCGGACGGGGCGCCGAUGGCCCGCGCGGAAGUUCGCGUUGGAGAUCCACGGGGCGUUGGCCGCGAGCGCGGCCCAGCCCGCGGUUGUUCCCCCGGGGGGGGCCGCGCCUAUCUGCGAGGGGCCCGCCUUCGAGGCGCCGCAGAUGCUCGCCGACGAGGCGACUCUCGCAGAGCCGCCCCGCCGCGCCAGCCUCGGCGCUGGCGGCAGCCUGGGGGAAGCGCGGGCUGGGGCGCAGCCGCCCGCCGCUGCCGCCGCCCCCGGCCCCGCCGCCGCUCUCCGCCCCGGCGGCGGCUUCUCGACGAUGGGCGCGCCGGGCCCGGAGAGAGGGCGCCGGCCUCGGCGGGGGGUGGGCGCCGCGGGAGACGAUCUCCCGCGCGGGCGGCAGUCCCGAGCCCACCGCGGAGUUGGCGCGCCGCUCUGCCCGCGGGGGCCUCUCCAUGCAGCGAGCGGGGGCGCGGCGGGCGGCGACGCGCCCUACUGCCCGGGGGCGCUCGGCGACCUCCGCGCUCGGCCGCUCAUGCCGGCGCCGAAGAGGGGGCUGCCAGAACAUGGGGGCUGCCAGAGCCUCGGCCGGCGGCGUCGCACGUCGCAGGGAGUGGCAGCAAGUGCUAUGCAGUCCAGCACGGGCUCCUGGUUCGAUCCACUCCGAGGGCAGACCUCGCUUAAGUGUGCUCCGGGGGUGGAGCUAUCCACGCUCACUCCCAUGGCUGUGUCCCAGUACUUCCGCGAGCACACUCGGCGUUACCUGCUGCGCGUGCCCCUCAACACGCUGCCCCUCAACACGCAGGAGAUAUCCUUUUCCUGGGUGGCGCCGUUCGGCCCGCGCGCGCGCUGGCUGAGCAUGUGGGGCAAGACGCCUUCGAUCCGGGACAGGCUGUCGGCCCACUCGAAGGAGCGCAGGAUAUCCAACGACUCGGCCCGGGCGUGGAACGGCGGGCAGCUCGGCGGGGACCCGAUGCUGGCCACGCCGAGCGGGCUGCCGGAGGAGGGCGAGGAUUGCGAAGACGCGAGCGUGGGCAGGGUGGACACCUACGACUCCCGCGGGGUGGGCAAGAUGAUCACCACAGACAGCGCGCGCGUCGCCCCGCCGAAGGCGUUGACCAUGCGCGAGUCGGACGAGCUGCUGCUGGGCAAGCUGAUGCUGGGAAAGCAGACGGACUGGCUGCGCGCACGCCGCGCGGCGGAGCGCAUCUGCCACCCGGACUACACCACGAGGGACUUCUACAUGGAUGUCAAGCACGCGUUUCCCGAGUUGCGCCUGUACUGCAUAUCGAGGUCUCUCGUCCUGAAUGGCACCGAGGUGGAGGACCGGGAGAAGCAGAGCCUGAGCGGCGCCAGGACGGCCGACGACGAGUACCAGCGGACCGUCGGCGCGCUGUUCGCCGUCUUCUGGCUCAUGAGGUUACACCUGGACGGCAAGAAGUGCUUCUGCUUCGGCAUGGACGACCAGUACCAGCCGAAGGAGAUGCCCGUCGCGGCAGAGGGGGCGGAGCUCAGCGAGGACGACAAGAAGCGCGUGCUCUUCUACGAGAACAUGGACUGGGCGCGGCUGGAGGACCUCGUUGUGCAGGCUGGUCUUCUGCAGCAGCCCGGAGGGCCGCACGACCCCGAGAGGACACUCGCGAUCCUCGUCCUCAUGACCAUCCACGAUAUCAUGAAGCUGGACGUGCUGCAGCCCGUGGUCAGCAAGGCCCUCCGAGGGUUCCGCGGCUACCGCAGCGGCGAGAAGAUCGGGGACCACGACAUCGCCCUGAGCUACGUGCUCGAGCACUGCCCCAGCGCGCUCCCCUCGUUCUACGGGCUGCCGAAGGAGCAGCAGGACUCCCUCAAAUUCACACACUGCAAGCUUGACUACAACUUCGGCUGGCUCGUGCAGGGUGAGGCGCCACCGGGUGCCCUGUUCAAGGCCUUCCGCGAGGUCAUCAUCUCUGGAAAGGCAUCCUCCAGCGACAUUGCCUUCUAUUUCGUCCACUGGUUCGCGGACCUGGCAGGGGCCGAGCCGUACCCGAUGCAGGGCUGCCAGAAGUUCGUGCUGAAGUUUCCGCGGAAG